AUGGUAGUGAAGAUUGCCACCGGAGACUUGGUUUCCACUUCUUUGAUGUGUAAGGAAGUCAAGUUCAGUUAUGAAGAUAACGAGUAUGUGGUUGAUCUGAUUGUGCUUGAGGGUAUGAAUUUGCACAUCAUUCUGGGCAUGGAUUGGUUAGUCAGAUAUGGAGUUCUGAUUUAUUGUUGUAACGGGAAGAUUUAUUUCUCUGCUAAGAAUGAGAAGAAGGACUCCCUAUAUUUAUUAGUGUUACAGAUGGUUAAGGCUCUAAAUACGGGAGAUGUAGGAUUUAUUAUGUUAAGAGGAUUGGUUGGUGACUCUAAGGAGCCAACUUCGAGUAUCCCUAUUGUAUGUGACUUUGAGGAUAUAUUCACAGAUAUGAUCCCACAAUUUCCACCAGAAAGGGAUAUUGAAUUCUCCAUUGACCUAUUUCCUGGCGUGGGGCUUGUCUCUUUGGCUCCUUAUCGGAUGUCACCUGUAGAGCUUGCAGAGUUGAAAAAGUAG